GGUUGAGCGAAGCUUGAGCCUUAAAUGGUGAAACCCAAGCUUAAAUUAUAUUUUAAGUGAAUUUUUUUUUUGUUCAAACUCAAUUUUAGGGUCUUAUAGUUUUGUUUAAAUCCUCCCAUAUUUUAAGUGGAGAUUCAAGCUUUGGCAAAUAAUAAUUCUUAAACAAAUAUAUUCUCCUAUAAUAUAUUUCAUGGAUGAAGUCUUAACAAUACCAAACUUGUUACCAUAAAAGGUACAAGGGUGAUGGGAUGAAUUCAAAGGUAAACCAAGCUACUCUCUGUGAGUAGUAUAAACCUUAAAAUUCAACUACUUGGAGUCAUAUCUACAAACCUACUUACUCAUCUUUGUAAAUGACCAACCACCAGGACCAACCAAGGCAUACAAUUAUUCAAAUGCCUGAGGCAGUGCCAUGGGAUUUCAUCGAGGAAAAGAGGGAUGCAUUUAAGUCAGCCCUGUAUGAAGUCCAAAACCAGGGACCAUUACAAGGUUCAUGGCAAGGAGCCAAACCAUUAAUACAAAGAGUUUCACCACUCUUACUCAACACGAAGGCUGAUUUCAAGAAAUGUUUCGAACCGAGGCUGGUUGCCUUCGGCCCUUUGCAUCAUGGUAAACCCGAGUUCAUGCGCUCUGAGCAGGUCAAGCUUAAAUUCGCCGCUCGCUUUGCGCUUGAUAACGGUUAUACUGAUGAUCAAGAACUGUUCUACAGAGUCAUGGCGGAGAUAGGUGAUUUGAGGAAGUGUUAUAACCCGGAGGACAUUGCUGCUUAUAACGAUGAAAGGCUAGCUUGGAUGCUGUUCGUAGACGGUUGUGCCGUGUUGUGUGCGGUACGUUACGUUGUGGAAGGUAAGUUUGAUGAGUUGAAUACAAAAGCAGAUCUUUUGGUAUUUGCACAACUUGAUUUGUUUUUGCUAGAAAACCAACUUCCUUACAAGCUGCUUAAGAUAUUGAUUGGCUCAGCCAAAGAUCCCAAAGUAUGGGAACAAUCAAUCACAGAGUUUAUAGCUCAGAACCUUAUGACAAACAUAGAGCAGGAGAGCAAACAUGUAGAUGAUAAUAAAGAUUAUGCGCAUCUUUUGGAGCGGUUUCGUGACCAACUCCUGACAGGGGACAAAAUGAAAAGAGACAGUAGCGUGAUGGGUCGGAAGCUGUUGUCCUGGGGAGACAGCCGCAAACAUAGGAGAACGUUUCGAGGGGUAAAGGAGCUUAAAGAAUCGGGGAUACACGUGAAGCCGAGCACGACGAACAACCUCAAGAACAUCUCCUUUUAUUGCAACUACUUGGGGAAACUGAUGAUCCCGCGCUUGUUGGUGGACGAUUCGAUGGCUUCUAAGUUCUUGAACUUGGUAGCUUUAGAGAUGUGUCCGGAUUUCAAGAAUAAGUUCGAGGUCACAUCGUACCUAUGUUUCAUGGACUCGCUUAUUGGUUCAGCAGAUGAUGUUAAGGAGCUGCGAGUUAGUGGCGUGCUGCUUAAUUAUUUGGGCAGUGACGAAGAAGUGGUUGAGCUUUUUAAUAAAAUGAGCAGGGAUUUGGUACCGGACCAAAAAAGGUACUUUAAGGUUACAGAGGACAUUCAUAAGUACCGUACUAAUCCAUGGACGGCUGCCUUGGCUAAAGCUUAUUACACCCAUUUUGAGAGGCCAUGGACUUUCCUUGCAUUUAUGGGUGCCAUUAUGGGGCUUCUUUUCUCUGCUAUUCAGGCUUAUUUCUCGUUACCACAGAACAAGAGUUCUCCUUGAAACCAGUCUUACAAAGUGUGCUUUCAAUCCUCUGUUUUUGUUUCUAUAAUAUUCUAUUUUUAUUAAUAGCAUACUGUAUCCUGUCUUGUCUCCAUUUUUGGCCAGCAUUGUGCUACAUUUUCCACUUUGGUUUAUGAUUGUCUUAUGGAGUUGUUUGGUUUCAGAUUGUGUAUCUGAAUAAACAAAUCUUGGUCUUCAUUCAUUAAUAA